AGCUUUAGUGUAUUGGUGACAGUGGUGAGUGAUGGUGGUUGUAGUGGUGCUGGUGGUGGCGGCUGACACUUGUGAAAACCACGUACCCUUUUGGACCUGCUAACACAGAGGCCUACCCCAGGAGGCCUAACUCACGCCUACUACCAGACAGUCACUUCUCAAUAGUGACGAUGGUGGCGAGGCGGUAGCAGUGAGGUGCUCCUGUGGACGAGGUUGUCCGUGAUGGCGGCACUGGCCCCCGCCGCCCUCAACUACCUCGCCCAAACUUCAGGUUGAGUUGCACUUCAGCCUCAGUGCAACACACUGGUGUAUACUUGAUACUGCUUUCCGUUAAAGUUGUGUUUAAGUGUAUACCAUAAGUUACUCAAAGAAAGUGGAGUCUGGAAAUGAUGAAAGCAGCAGCGAGUGCUUGAGGCUUGCAGAAAGUGAUUGUGUUGUUAUAUGUGCAAGGUGGGCGGUGAGAGAGGGUAUGAGGGCGGCCGAUGGUUCCUCCUGACGUACAAGUUGCCCAAUUUAGCUCUGAAUGGCACCUCAGAUUGGAGAAGUUAGCUAACCGUCCAUGAGAAGCAGUUGGUGGGUGGAUCAGUUGGUUAGUGAGUGGAUCAGUCGGUUGGUGAGUAGUUGCUUCCACGACACACGAGCCUUACAUGUUGUUACGGACGGAGACUUUGUUGAGGUGAUGAGGUCGAGUAUGGGAGUGAUGAUACCAGCGUGAUGACCACACUCUGCACUACCCCAGAGUCUCUACCCUCCCCCAGGGCAGCAGACGCUGCCCCAGGCUUCUCUUCUCCCCCUGAAUCAUCACCUAGACCCUACGAUACCCCAUCUUUCCCAGGGGAUGCACCGCCCCCAGCCUACACCGCCCGCGGAGACACCGAUUACGAAGUGCCCUUCUUUACCGUGGCGCACUACCGCACGCCCACGGCGCCCACCACAUACGAAUACGCGGCUACCCACGCCGGCCUGCCUGAGGGCGUGGGCGAGGCGCUCUACAAUGGUGGGCUCGAUAGUACUGCUAUGUCCCCUGUGGAAAUAGCCUUUGGGGGCGCCAUGACUGACUCAGGUGGGUGGUGGGCGCGAGCAGAGGACACCACGCCCACUCACACGCCAGCCCGCUCUCCUGUGGGCGUGCCCGGUCCCCCGCCUAUCCGCCCCCAGCCGGAUUACGCCCCUCCAGCACACCCACCAGGAACCUUCAUCCGCAGGGUGUACGGCGCGCACGACCGCACGCCCGUGGGUUGCCUGCACGCCGCCGCAGGCACGCCCCCACGGGGUCAGAAGCCCAUCCAGCUGAAGAGUACCCAACAGGUGGGCAGCAAACCCACCCGCACCCACGAUGACACCCCAGUCAGGGGUUCAGUGGACUUUGUGCUGGACCAGCCCACCCGCACCCCUAACAGAAGUAGGAGUGGGUCGAGGCGUGGUACCACCACGCCCACCACCCGCAGCACGCCCACCACGCCCGGAGCUCAGGAUGACGACCACCCCACCAAGGUCGUGUGGGCGACGGAAGACCCCAGGACCACCACCCCCUCCCAGGACCCCUCCCGCCCUGGGUCUGGAGCCGAGGCAGCCGGAGGACCAACAAACCCGGCGGGGGACGUCAGUGGUAUGGACGCCAGCGGUGUGUACGAGGACGCUGGCGUCAGCGAUGCGGCUGACAGACUGGAGUCAGCCCUUCAGUCCAGCUCCUCCUCAGAGGUGGUGGUAACCCCCAGGACUCCAAGGACCCCAAGGACCCCCAGGAGCAAGUCCAGAGAGCCAUCGUUCUGCCUGGAGCUGGAGGAUGACGAGUACCCCAAGACCGAGGCUGAGUACAUGCUGCUCCUCAACGCUAAGAUUGCAGAGGCCCACGAGCGUCAGUUGCUGCCCCUCAAGGAGGACCUGGCCGACUGGCUCUCGAAGCUGCUUGGUGUGGAGGAGCUGAGUGCUGAGACGUUGAUAGCUCAGCUGGACAACGGCGUCCACGUGUGUCACCUGGCUGAGGUGAUCUCCAGGCGGGCCCAGGAGGCCAGGGAUAAGGGCAUCUCCUCUCUGGAGGUACCCAGGCUGCCGUACAGGACGUGGGAGAGAGCCCGCAGCGGCACUUUCUUCGCCCGAGAUAACAUCUCCAACUUCCUGCGCUUCUGUCGUCGCCUUGGUGUGCACGACAACCUCCUCUUCGAGACAGAGGACCUGGUGUGCCACAAUGGAGCGCGGGGUGUGGUGUUGUGCCUGCUGGAGGUGGGUCGACUAGCACAGGGCUGGUGGGGGCUCGAACCACCGGGCAUCAUCAAGCUGGAGAGAGAGAUGGACGGCGAGGAAUGGUCUGGCAGGUCUGACAGUGGGUACUCCAACACCUCCUCCCCGCGAGGCUCCACACUCACCCUACACCCUGCCGCACCCAGCCCACCUGCUGCAGACCCAGCUAAGCUCCCCAGGCCACUCUCAGCACCUGGACAUUUGCCUCUGGUUCCUCGUCUGGUCUUACCUAAUCAGUCCACCCACACCCAGACUGAUACUCCACCUGCCUCUGCCCAGUCACAGACUCCCAAGUCAAACAUCCCUCGCCCUGCUAAACCUACUCCACCUCCUAAGCCUGCCUCCAUAAGAAGAGCUGUUUCUAACCUGACGCGACGUCCAACUAGCAUCCCUUGCAAGUCAAGAGGCUGGUCUGGUGCUAAGACAACACCUACGACUCCUGUGACUACCCCAACACACACUGCUAAGCCACGUUUACCUUCAGCUCGGACACCAAGAUCUUCUGGUCGUUCUACCCCCAAUACCACACCAACCACACCUACUCACUGUCGAAGAUACAUGACGUCUCUGCAACGCACACCAGCCCCACGUCCUGUAUCGACCUCCCGGCCCACAUCACGACCCUCCUCCAAGCCACCUUCUCGCUCCCCUUCCAUUUGCAGUCGCCUUCAAGAGUGCUACAACACCGUCCAAUCAGAGAGUAUUACCGAAGCUCACAGAACAGAUCUUGAUAAUAAGGUUCUUGACAUUGCAAACCAGACUCGUGGCUACUGUGGUUGCAAAGAGGUUGACUGUAUCAAAUCUCAUGUUAAGAGGGUAGCAGAUGGCAAGUAUGAGAUUUGUGGCAGAAAUGUCUAUGUUAGGCAAAAUUGUUUACCACAGACGACGUUUGCACAGACGAGUCGACUGAGCAAACGACCAUCGAACAAGUCACAUUCUUCUUGCUCAGAUAAACACUGCCAUACAGUGGAUGAGUUUGUAGCGAAGCUCCAACCAUGCAAGACACCACCUGGGAACUUCCACGUGCUUCGUGUCACUCAUUCAGCACAGAAGUCUGCAUUGAGGCAACAACAAUCCAACUCGCCCCUGAGAAAGGUCCACUUCUCUUCUGAACCGGAUAAACGCCGAAUCCCGGUUACAACAACUGCAAUGGUCAGCACUUCUAUAGAUCCCUAUCUUUUGAAGGGAAAGCAUGUGAUGGUACGAGUGGGAGGAGGAUGGGACACCCUGGAACACUACCUCCUUCGUCAUGACCCUAAGCAGGUGACUGUAUUUAACAUUAAGUCUACAGACCCAUUCCUACACAUCCGUGCCAAGUACUGUUCUCCUACACAGUCCCAAGCUUCUUCUACCAGAGGCUCUCCAACACACUCCCGAGCCACACCCAGCAGGGUGACACUUUCCGGAGAUCCUUCCCCACGAGACUCUUCAUCUGAAAGUACUCCACCACCUCCAGAGGAACCUCAAGUGCCACCCUCUCCACCUGCUGUGUCUUCCAUGCAUGCCACAGAAAGUUGUGUGUCAAUUACAGAAAGUUCCAAGACAGAAAACAGGAGCUUCAUUUCUACUGAUGAAUGUACAGUGGUUGAUGCAGAAGAAAGUUUACUGAAGAAAGAAGAUUCAACAGAGGCUUCUUUUCCUCCCUGUUCUCUCAAUGGAACUACUGAAAUUGAGUCUUUUGAGCUAGUUCAGGAUGAUGAGCUCAUAGCUGCUACAUCCUCACUUCAAUCACAAUCCAGUCCUAGAAUAAGUACCAGCUCUACUCCAGUUUCAAGGCCAAUUGUAAACUCGGCAACAUUUUGCAUCGAGGAUCAUAAGACUGAUCCUGUGCCUACAAUCACUCAUACAUCACACUCAAAAUCUCCCUCUACUUCCUCAGCCUCUUCUUCUUCUUCAGAAUCUACAUCUUCCCCAGAAUCUUCAUCCUAUUCCUUGAAGGCUACACCACCACCUACUCCUUCCACUUUCUCUACACCAGCAUGUGCAACAUCUGCGCCACUGGAUUUGUCAUUAACAACAAAUGAUAGUAAUAGCACACUUGGGACCCCUUUACCGACUGAUUCAACCGAUCAUGACUUUUUGUAGGUAAAGGUGUAAAUAACAAGCACUGAAUGACCGACUCGAUAUUAUCGAUGUUCGUAUAUAUCUAAAAGAUUGUUAUUUCUGAGCAGUAAAUAAAAAAAUAAAUUUAAAUGGAAACUGAAAAUAUAACUUCCUUUGGCCUCUGCCUGCAAAUACUAUAAUAUUUUUAUCAAAAUGUUAUUAGAUAUCAAAUGCACCUGGUAUCAAGCCCAGUGAUACAAUGCUAAAUACGUAUGUGAUAUUGCAUGUGGAUAUACUGAAGGAAAAGGACUUGCAGAACAGCCGCAGGGAUGAAAUGUUAAGUCAAAACUGGGUAGUGUACCAUGUAUAAAUCCUGUAAGGAACAUCACUUUAAAUACCUGCUUAUGUGUGUAGGUUAUUGAAAGUCAGGGUGCUGCAGAAUAGUCCUAUAAGGAUCAUCAGUUUUUGUGUUAGUGAUUCAGUUACAACAAAGAAAAAUGAGGUACCUUUCUGUUACCAUGAUAUGAUUUGCAACAUGCAAUAUUUUUAAAAUAGGUUACACGUGAUAUUUGAUAAUUAAAAUCUUACCCAAAUGUCUUAAAGUAAGAUCAGUUGAAUGUAUAGUGUGUGGGAUAAUUCAUUAAUAAUUUUAUCUGCAAAAUGUAAUAUUUUUGUUUAUAAAGUAUUUUACAGCAUUUCUUGAUAUUAAACAUUAGAAUAAAGAAAAUGUGCUGAUUUGUGAUAAAGGUACAGCAGCUUCAUAUAUCAAACAUAUACAUGUAUACACUUGGGAAUUUCUUAUAAUACAGUAUCUGUAUUACUUUUACAACAUACUGUACUGUGCUCAUCAUUGUGCUGGACAUUUACAGAUGUAAAUGAUUAUGGAAUUGCCUGUAGUCCAUCAUAUAUUUCUGUUAAUCCAUAAAUCAUAGUAGUAUUUUGUAAUUCAAAGUUUUAUCAUUGAUAGAUAAUGAUUGCAUCUCUGCAGAUGCCUGGCAUCUAUGUUAGGCACUCAUGGCACUGUGAUAAUAUUGUAUUGCUAAUAACAUCACUAAUGUUGAUGUACAGCAAGAUUUGGUGGAAAGACUUACCAGAUAUUGACAUAUGGUAGUACUAAAUAUUGUUUCUAGACCACUCAUCUUGUUUAAAGCUCAUCAGAGUAUGGUGAAGAACUUAGGACUUACAUUUUACACACCUAUGCGUAUCUAUGAAGACUUCGUUAAUUGUGGAUGCAAUUUAUUUACAGUAGGGUGCCAUUUUCCUCUGCAUCAAGACAAUAUAUAACUGAUGCAUGUGUCCAAUAAAGUCACAUUGUUAUGUCUCUGCAGGUCCAGUUUCAUGGCCCAUUAUUUUAGCAAACAAAGAGGGAGAUUUUAGAUACAUGGUACAGCAUAAGAGAUUUUCUAUCACUUCAGAAGAGGGCCUGUAGUUUUGAGAGAUAUUUGACUUUUUUGAAGGUAAUGGACAAGAUUGUCAUAAGAGCAGGACUCUUGCGUAGGCUUUCUUGCUAUAUUUUAUGUUAACUAAAAUAUUAUGCAUGAUAUUUAUACGUAUAGGUCUUUAUCUUUGAGCAGGCACAGUAGGUGCUAGUGUCCUUUCAUCAGAGGACAUAAAUGGCAAAAUAAUUAUAUCCAUUAUAGACUUUUAAUGAUUAUGGAAUAACUUCUUUCAUGGGAGACUUAGUUUGUAUUACAGAUGAUCUUUUAGUAGCCAGUAUCUGCUUACUGCAAUAGUACAUCAAGCUCGCAACUUAUGUGUAUAAGAGAUAUCCUCAUUGAUAUUUGCAUCUGAGGACGUAUGGGACAUCUUUUAGAAUUCUUUUAAACAAAUUUUGUAUUUAAAGUAUGUCUGCUUUAUAUAUAUACAUAUAGUACCAAGGUGUCAAAUGCAUGGUUGCUAAAUAUUUUGCCAUAUGCCUGCUAUUCAAUUAUUGAAAGUAAGUGAUGUGAUAUACUUUCGUAAGACCCUGAUAUGAUUUAUUGAGUUUUCUGAAAAUAGCAAGGUUCUUUUUUUGAUAUUCAUUAAACUAAAACUGGCAACUUGCUAAUAUAGUCACAAAUUGGGAUACAACAUACAAAAAUUUUUUAAUACAGUAUAAUAUUUAAAGAGACUGUAGUAGGGUCAGUAAUAGGUGCUAUGAAAAAUACUUGAGGCUUGCGUACUGUGUAUCAAAAGAAAACAUAUACUGGGUGUAAACUGUCUAAUAAUCAUUAAUUUAUCAAUA